AUGCCCUUCAAGGAAUGGUUUAAGAAAUUCAUACCAUGUACAGGAAUCGCCUUCGUCGCUCACGACGACACCAACGAUGACGUGCUGUCAUUCAAAGCGUCCACGGCGAGUCUGGCCACUGCCACUGACGCGUCUAUCACAUUCGCGCGCGUAUCCUGCGAUAUGGACGAUGUGUCCUGCACCGAGACAGAGGACCUGUGUUUCCUAGCUCACCAAUCAACAACCAACCUAGAGAGCGAGAGUAGUGGCACAGAACUCCACCAUCCGACAGCGAUUCGGGCAAACCAGAGGCCGCCGAGCUGGCUUGCAGAUUACGGCUGUAUGUCCCCACUAUCCAUGGACGUCGAGGAUUUGGGCUGGCCGCUGUGGCCGUGGAGUGCGCUGGACCGGGACGGAGAGCAUGGAGAACAUUCCAGUCCGUUGUCCGGGAUGCGGUCGGCUAGCGCCUUCAGCCUGGCGUCCAGUGUCGAGGCAGUCUGUCCUGGAGACAGCUCGCCAUCCCAUGCACCGACACUCGUGUCCACACCAUCCCAGGACGACCACAUCCGUGUGAUAUACAACAGGAGUGAAACGGCGGACGACCCCACUUCGCAGCUGGUUUUCGCGGGUCCACGGUUAUCGGGCGCAUUCAGACAGGGAUGUUCGACAAACCUGGACACAAAAAUCACGGACGUUCCCGGGAUGUGCCAAUCGUAG